AUGGCAGGUGUGGUGUACCCCAGACAGGCCCCUGUGGAUUUAGACAUAUACCAAAGCUCCUACAUGGUCGACUAUAAACCCUACGGGAAGCACAAAUACUCCAGGGUCACACCGCAAGAGCAGGUGAAGCUUGACACCCAACUCCGGGACAAAGAGUUUUACAGGGCCAUCCCCAACCCCAACCCCAAGCUAGCGGAUGGGUACCGUGCCUUCAAAAGACCCUACAUGACUGCCAAAGACCUGGGACUCCCCGGCUUCUUCCCAUCCCAGGACCGUGAGGCCACCAUGGAGGAUGAGUGCAAGUUCACCAGCAUCUGCCCUUUCACGUACCCGGCUUCCCAUGCUCUGCACCUGGCCUAUGGCGAUCCGAACCAGGUGCACCAGAGUGCUGACCUGCCGUGUCUCCUGGAGCCCGAGCACCAACCUGCUGUGGAGGAGGGCAAAGGCUACCUUCUACUGCCCGGCUGCCCCUGUCCUCAUCACCCUACAGUCAAGCUCCCCAUCUUGAACCGGUGGGGGCCCUUGAUGCCAUUUUACCAGUAG